AUGACUCAAAAUGAGUCUACUUUGACGGUGUCUGAUCCUGUAUUAUCAGUGUUGAACAAAAAGUCUGUGGAAAACCUUCUUUCAAUUCUCCAAACUGGGAUAUAUACAUCCAAUAAUUUACUUGUACUUGACCAACAACUAUCCAAUUUGAUCAAUUUCCUUACUCCAUUUCUGAAAUUAAAGGAAAUUGGUAAGUUUGAGAAAAUAGUAUGGCUUAAUAACGAACAGCCAUGGUCUGAUAUCCUAGGUUCAUUCAAUGGAUUGAUUAUUAUGUGUCGUGAAUCUACUGAUAAUCUCAACCUUGUUCUGAAAUUAAUCAAUACUCUCCCUAAACUGAUCAAGGUAUAUUUAGUGGUGGAGAAUCUCUCCAAGGCAUUCACUUAUGAAUUAAAUCAAGAAUUAAAUGGUGACUUAUCUUUCAAUUCUACCAUUGAAUUGAAUCUUGAAUCUCAAAAAUUUGUUAAAUUAACAUCAACCGUCAAAUUAUACAAUUGGUCAAUUAAUCCUAUAGUUCUUGAUCCAGAGGAUGGUCUGACUGGUGGAUCUGUCUUAUCUUUGGAACAACCAUAUGGAGGGUUGGAGUCAUACUAUACACAACCACUAGAACAAAUAUCACAUCUAUCAAAGGCAUUCAUUAAUCUUUUACAACUUUCACCACAUUUUACUAUGGGUCAUAAGAUGUUAAAAUUAAAAAAUAUAUAUGCCAAGGGAGAUCAUUCAUGUUUACUUGCUAAAAUAAUACAAGACGAAAAAAUCCCAGACUAUUUAAAUGAACAAAUGUCACCAUUAGAGCUGCAAUUUUAUCUUGAAAAAACCAAGGGCAAUACUGAUCUUGUCAUUCUUGAACGGAAUUUGGACUCUCUGGCCUUGGCAUUCAACCAAUUGAACUAUCAGGGACUCAUAGAUGAUUUGUUCAAGAUUGACCUUAAUAAUGUUUCAAUCCCUAAAGAAGAAACCGGUCGUGAUGGAAUGUUAUUGGAAAAAUUGACACUUCAAGAUGAGCUUUAUCAUGAUUUGAAACAUUUAAAUUUUGCAUCUAUUGGUCAUAAAUUAAACCAAUUAGCAAAAUAUAUUCAAAACGAGUUUCUGAAACGUGAUAGUUUACUUCAUAAUGACCAAACUGAAAAUUCUGACUUGACAGAAAUCAAAAAACUUGUUAAUAAUUUGGGAUCAUUGACAAAUAAACAAGAAUUGAUCAAAAAGCAUACUUUUAUUUCUGAAUCUAUAUUGAAUAGUAUCAAGUUUGGUAGCACAUCUACUAACCCACAAUUGAAGUCAACAUAUUCUCAAUUAAAUGAACAUGAAGAAUUCCUUGCGUUCCAAAAUGAUUUAUUUGAUUUAGAAUACAAGGCACAAAUCUUAAAAGUUCGAGAAUUCAUUGUUAAGAAUUUUGAUAGUAAUCUUGUUUUAAUGGGGGUAUUACUAGUUUCCAUUGUCAAUGAUGGAAUUAGGGAAAGAGAUUAUGAAAUAAUACUUACAGAAGUGACUCAAAACUAUGGAUUAUUGAUUAAAUUUACUCUUGAUAAUUUGAUAAGAUACCAUAUACUUCGCAUUCUUCAUACUGGUGGUGGAGCUACUAGUGAACUUUUCGGGGCUGCACUUGCAUCUCUUUCAUUAACUGGGCAUUCAAAUGAAGAUUCAUCAACUACAAAUCAAUCAACAUCUUUCCAAGGAUACGAAAAUCUUAAUCUGUUGGGAAUAAGUGGUGGUGGAGUUACAGGAUUAAAGGGUAAUUUCACAUUAAUUGAUAAGUUCUUCAACUUACAUCCACAAGAAGAACAAGUCAAUGAAAGCACUGAAGAUGGGUUAUUGAUACAAGAAUACUCACAUCCUACAUUUGCCUUGCCUUCUUCAACAGUUCCACUUCUCACUAGAAUUGUUGAAUCGUUAUAUUUACGAGAUUUCCUUACUUAUAAGCCCGUCAAUAAUCUUUCAAGAAGACCUAAUUGGGACAACCUUAACCUUGAUACUUUUUUCGCAGGUAAAUCAUUGGAUAUAAACAUUUGUGACACUCUGGAUGACAAAAGACAGCAACAACGAGGGGUCGAAGGUCCACUUUCACGACAAGAAUAUCAAUAUGUGGUGAUCAUAAUAGUUGGAGGUAUUACAAGAAGUGAAAUCAGUUGCUUAAAAUAUCUUGAACAAAGAAUAAAUGCAAAGAAUCAUGGAGAAAAGAAGAAAAAGUUUAUUAUUCUUACAAGUGGAGUGGUAAACAAUCAAAAGUUAUUAGACUUUUGUUCUCGUUAA